CGCACCCGCACCCGCACCCGCUUAUCCGGCUUCUCUUUUCGGCAUACAUUGGAACAACCCAGCAUUCCAAGCACCGAAUUUUCAAGAGAGAUGACGACGAUUCGCAGAUUUUGCUGCAACGAUCUUCUCCGAUUCACUUCUGUUAAUCUUGACCAUCUUACUGAAACCUUCAAUAUGUCAUUCUACAUGACCUACUUGGCGAGAUGGCCUGAUUAUUUUCACGUCGCUGAAGGCCCCGGUAACCGCAUCAUGGGUUACAUUAUGGGAAAAGUUGAAGGACAAGGUGAGUCUUGGCAUGGUCAUGUUACUGCAGUAACCGUUGCUCCAGAAUACCGCAGGCAACAACUGGCUAAGAAAUUGAUGAAUCUGUUGGAAGAUAUCAGUGACAAGAUUGAUAAUGCUUAUUUUGUGGAUCUUUUUGUGAGAGCUUCAAACACACCGGCCAUAAAGAUGUAUGAAAAACUUGGCUAUGUAAUAUAUAGACGGGUUCUACGCUAUUAUUCAGGGGAGGAAGAUGGUUUAGAUAUGAGGAAAGCUUUAUCUCGGGACACUGAAAAGAAAUCCAUCAUCCCCCUCAAAAGGCCAGUUACACCUGAUGAAUUGGAGUAUGAUUAGCUGUUCUGACCAUGAUGAUUUUGCCUAAUGAAUUUGAUGUUGCUUGUGACUUUUGAGUUAUGGAGGUUAGGCAUCUUGUAGAAUCUAUAGUUUGUGUAUGUCAAAUGUGAGAUUUGAGGUUGUAUUUUUUCACAAUUGGUAGAAUUCUUCACUGGCAUGCAUAUUUCUUUGCUGAACUAUAUGAAGUAAUUUUUGGCUGUUAAGAUUUCCCUAGUUGCUCAAAAGAUUACCAGUGGUACUUGAUGAAUUAUCCCUGCUUGAAUUUCUGUAUGAGCAUGCCAAAAGUUUGUAAAUUCAUAUAAAUACACUGCCUUCUUGUGUUUCA